UGGUCAGAUGUGACUCGGACCCCGUAACAUUUGACCGGUAACUUGCCUUUUACGCACAGCCGCGGCGUGACUCUGCUGCCUGCCCUGUCCGUCUGAACCAGAUCCAUCCUUUUUUCUUCAGGCGCAGACCCUCGCCCUCUCCACCACACCUGCGCUCAUACCUGACCGGCUUUUACUUUAGCUGACAAAUAAGGAGGAGCGGGACAUGUUUGGGAUGUGGAGGAGACUCGGAGCCGGGCUGUCCGCAUGUUGGUGUUUGCUGAUGCUGAUUCAUUGUUUGUCUCAAGCAGACGCAGCAUUCACAUGCAGCUCCACUCAGUUUAGGUGUGGAAGUGGGAGGUGUAUCACCCGCAGAUGGAUCUGUGAUGGAACCGACGACUGUGGCGAUGGAUCUGAUGAACUGCCUGCAACCUGUGCAACCAAGACCUGUCUGGAGUCAGAGUUCAACUGUGGCCUUCCCUUGAAUCAGUGUAUUCCAGGAAGCUGGCAUUGUGAUGGCAAAGCUGACUGCAGCAACGGGGCUGAUGAGAGAAACUGCACGGCCAAACAGUGCAAAACUGGAGAAUUUCGUUGUGCCAAUGGCCAGUGUAUAUCCAGGUCCUUUGUCUGCGAUGAAGACAACGACUGCUCAGACGGCUCGGAUGAGGCCUCCUGCCCCAAACGCACCUGCAGCUCUGCGUCCUUCCAGUGCAACAACUCGGUGUGCGUGCCGGCCCUGUGGCGCUGCGACGGAGACGAGGACUGCGCCGACGGGUCUGACGAGUGGCCGCAGAACUGCGCAGAACAGAAGCCGGACAAGACGAUGAAGCGCUGCGAAGCCAACGAGUUUCAGUGUGCCAGUGGGGAGUGUAUUCAUGCCAGCUGGAGGUGUGACGGAGGCUUUGAAUGCCGUGAUAGAUCAGACGAGUUCAACUGCAGUCGUCCUACUUGUCGUCCAGAUGAGUUCCAGUGUAAUGACGGCACCUGUAUCCAUGGCAGCCACCAGUGUGACAAAGUGGCUGACUGUAGGGACUCCAGUGAUGAGAUUGGCUGCCACAUAGAAAAUGUAUGCGAAGGCCCAACCAAGUUCAAAUGUGGCAGUGGGGAGUGUAUCAGCAUGGAGAGGGUGUGUGACAAAAGCAAAGACUGCAGGGAUGGGUCAGAUGAACCUUCCAAUGAGUGUGGGACCAACGAGUGUUUGACCGGAAAUGGCGGCUGCUCCCAUCAGUGCAAUGAUCUGAAGGUUGGCUACAACUGUUCCUGCCCUGCUGGAUACAGCCUGCAGACGGACAAGAAAACCUGCAAAGACAUUGACGAAUGUGUUGAACCAGACACUUGCAGUCAGAUCUGCAUCAACCUGCCCGGCACCUACAAGUGUGAGUGCAGGAAUGGCUACCAGAUCGAUCCUGCGACCAAGACAUGCAAGGCUCAAUCAGGCAUUGUACCCACCCUAUACUUCACCAACAGACACGAGGUGAGGAAGAUGACGGUGGACCGCUACGAGUACGUUGCUCAGAUCCAACAGCUGAAAAACGUAGUGGCCCUGGACAUAGACAUGCCAAACAAGAUCAUUUUCUGGUCUGACCUGUCUCAGAAGAAAAUCUACAGCUCCAACCUCGACAUGGCCGGUAAUUCCACUCACCUCACUGUAGUAAUUGGCAGCGGGAUUGAGGCCCCAGAGGGUAUUGCGGUGGACUGGAUCCAUGGCAACAUCUACUGGACUGACAGCAUUUUGAAGACCAUCUCCGUGGCAUCAACAGACGGCAGCAAGAGGAAGACCCUCAUCACAGAAAACCUGGACAAGCCAAGAGCCAUUACAGUGGACCCAGUAAAUAACUUUAUGUACUGGACAGACUGGGGUGAUCAGGCUAAGAUAGAGAAGAGUGGUUUGAACGGAGCAGAUCGCGUCGCCUUGGUGACAGACAACAUCAUGUGGCCCAAUGGCAUCACCCUUGACAUGGUCAACCAGCGUCUGUACUGGGUCGACUCCAAGAUGCACACACUCUCCAGCAUUGAUGUGAAUGGAGGGACGCGACACAGUCUCAUUUUCAGUGAGGAAUACCUCUCCCACCCUCUCUCUCUGACUGUCUUUGAGGAGAAAGUGUUUUGGACAGACAUGAGCAAUAGUGCUGUUUUCAGUGCCAACCGUCUGACGGGAAAGAACAUCACCAAGCUGGCGGAGAACCUGGUCCAGCCAGAGGACAUUGUACUGUACCACAACCUCAAGCAGCCCAACGGUACAAACUGGUGCAGAGAGAGUAACCGUAUGAAUGGAGGUUGUGAGUUUCUGUGCCUCCCUGCCCCUCUGAUCAACCAGCGCUCUCCUAAAUACACCUGCGCCUGUCCUGACAACAUGACCAUGGGACCCGACAUGAGGAAGUGUGUGACAGCUCCCACCAAGCCUGCUACAACCAGGCAGCCUGUCCCUACUACUACGGCUACAACUACAACUACAACUACAACUACAAUGACCACCAGAGCUACUGAAAAACUUACAUCUACCUCAGCAUCGAUGCAGACCACACAGAGCACACAGCAGCCUGCCGCCACUGCUCAAGGCAACAAACUGGCAGCCCUGCCUGCAGAAGCCCCUCCAUCCCACCCUAUGGCUCUCUACAUUGUGCUGCCAAUAAUGGCCAUGGCCCUGCUGGUCUUUGGAGCUGUGUUGCUGUGGAGACACUGGCAUCUGAAGAACACCAACACCAUCCACUUCGACAAUCCAGUGUACCAGAAGACCACAGAGGACGAGGUACACAUCUGCAGGAACAGCUCUGACGGCUACGUUUACCCUCAGAGGCAAAUGCUGUGCAUGGACGACAUGGAUGUUGCAUGACCCAAAGAUGAAGAAGACACUAGCUUUAUUUGACGUGAUGUUUUUUCUGAUGUGAACUUGAAGCAACAAAGGCCAUUUUUAUUUCUACUGCUGCUGCCUAACAGACCCCCCACCCUCCCUUCCCCAGUGACCUCAUUUUGUGGCUUAUGUUUCUGACCUCAGCACUGUGCCGUCCAAGACUGAAGAAAGUACUGAAAAAAAAGAGAGGAAGGAAAAAAAAAGAUCUUUGAAUCUUUUGCAUGAGAAAAUGGAGCAUAAGUACAGGAAUCCAUUUAGUCAGACCACAAAAUGGUUUCAAAAUGAAGGACUAAUGCAUGGCUUCAGAAGAUGACGUUCUUGAUCAUUGAGCCUUGACCCUUUUGAAGCCAGGUGAAAGUUGUGAAGGUGCAGAUGCAUUCUUUUUUUACCACCAACACACCGCCUCAGUACGUUGAUUACCUAAAUACUCAUGAAUCACAAUCUUUGUUCAGCGUGUUUAACUUGAAAAGCCUGACCUUUACUGUCUUAACACUCAUGUGUGCCUUCCAUCCACACUCUGGUAGUUAAGUGAAGUUUGUUGGAUGUACAUAGAGUGAAUGCCUUACUGACCCCACUACUGUCCAAACCGGUUUCUGUGGCAGGGUAGUUAAUGCCAUAGUGCUUUAACCCCAGGCAGUGAUGGCCUCCAUUACGAUAUGUUGUGGCCUUCUCUUUUCCUGUAUACAGCUUUGCACAUUUUGUUGGUUCCCAUAUCAGAGGCAUCUGUCUACUGUCACCUAUUAUAGACUUUCUUAAAAGUGUCUUUCCUCUUCUUUUAUUUUUUUUUAAUCUUUAUUGACCAAUCUGAUGAAUCAAGCGAUGAAUCUGAGUGUGAGGAGUCACUGGUGGUUUAUAUAUAAUGGUUUAUAUUGUAAAUGGAAAAGCUGCUGAGUUCUCUGAAGUCAACCAAAAUGAAGGAAAUGUUCUGUUUUUUUUAAAGCAAAGAGAAAAAAGAUAGUUAAAGUAAAAAAUGAUUGUACUGGUGAAUUUCUUGUAAAUAAUUUCUGUAAAUAUUUUGUAAAACACUCUAAGUUCACUCUGGUGUUGCCUCUUUAGAUUUGUAAAUUUUAAUCAAGAAAUAUUGUAAAUAUGAAUGAGAUUCUUUUAUUUAUUUAAGGAAAUAUAUGAGGAAAGGUUUUUGGUUGCUGUCAUCUGGCUGUAAAUACAGAACAUACUAUAUAAACCACACUGAAUUGUUUUUGUUCCUGCUAGGCCAGUUUAACCUUUACAUUGUGCAUCUGUUAUUUAACUUAUGUUCACCUGCUCAGUUUUGUCUGUACGACAUCUUGUAUGAGUCACUGCUGCGUAGUGCUUAUCAUUUUCAACUGUGCACGAUAUGUUACAGAAAAACACUGAAGAAACUCUCUCUGUUCCUUACAUAGUUUUUUUCUCAGUGUUGAAUCAGAUAAUUUAUUUUGCUUCUGCCUUUCCGUUACUAAAUAGAGUCUACAAAGAACAAUGUUCUCCAUCACAGUAAAUUAAGAUAAGAUUUAUUAUGCACAACAGCCUGCACAUUGCUUUGUUCAUUUUAGGUUUUGUUGGUCUGUUUUUUAAUAAAAUAAAAUAAAAAAAAACAUUUACCUGUC